AUGAGUUUUUGGGAUGUUAAACUAGAUGGUCUAGGCCUGCCCGGGGCCGGCAGCGGCGAGAGCUUGCGGCCUGAGAGGCCAUACUUCGACGAUGUGUCUCCGAGGAAUGUCUCGUCGGUGGUCGGUCAGGCCGCCGUGCUCAGGUGUCGAGCGAAACACAUAGGGAAUAGAACUGUAUCAUGGAUGCGUAAACGGGACCUACACAUCCUGACCUCCCACAUCUUCACGUACACCGGGGACGCUCGGUUCAGCGUAUUGCACCCAGAACCCUCGGACGACUGGGAUCUGAAGAUAGACUACGUGCAGCCGAGGGAUGCAGGGGUCUACGAGUGCCAGAUCAACACGGAGCCGAAAAUCAACAUGGCGGUCAUGCUCAAUGUUGAAGCGGCGGCGGCGACGAUCUGGGGCUCGCCGGAAGUGUUCGUGAAGAAAGGGAGCACUAUAUCGUUGACGUGCACGGUGAAUGUGCAUUCUUCGCCGCCCUCCAGCGCAUCUGUGUUAUGGUACCACGGCAACUCAGUAGUGGACUUCGACUCUCCCAGAGGGGGGAUCAGCCUGGAGACGGAGAAGACGGAAGGUGGAACCACCAGCAAGCUGCUGGUCACCAAGGCCGCUUUCACGGACUCUGGAAACUACACUUGCGUGCCGAAUAACGCGCACCCGGCCUCCGUGUCCGUGCACGUGCUCAAUGGCGAGCACCCGGCGGCCAUGCAGACGAGCAACCGAGCGUCCUCCUACCUCACGUCCCAGCUGAGCUGCGCCGCCGUGACGUACCUCCUCUCCUCGAUGGCUUGCAGAUGAUCGCCCUGACCGGCCCGGGGACUGUAGGCUAAGGGCAUGGGACUGGCUUGAAUUCUGAUCAUUUAUUGUUUACCCCUUUA